AGCGGCUGAAAGGCGGAAGUGGAGGCCGGAGCCUGGGACACCGCCGGGGGGAGAGGAGCGGAGCCAGUCCGAGCCCCGGCCCCAAGUAACGCUGCAGCCCCGGAGCCGCCAUCCCCUUCUGAUACUAUACGGAAUUUAGUCAUCGUGCGGCCUUAAGGCUCCUCUUGGCGGAAGCGGUUUCUUAGACUUCCCUUGUUUUUGCGAGCUCGACCAUUUGAGGAACACUGAUCAGUUGGAGGUCCCCCUCCUCCCUGAGUGCCUCUUCGCACAGCGCCGGCCCCCACCCCACGCUCACUGGUACCACUACAGCAGGACGGGCCAUGGCGGGUCGGGGAGGUGCAGCGCGACCCAACGGACCAGCUGCUGGGAACAAGAUCUGUCAGUUUAAGCUGGUCCUGCUGGGGGAGUCCGCGGUGGGCAAAUCUAGCCUCGUCCUCCGCUUUGUCAAGGGACAGUUCCAUGAGUACCAGGAGAGCACAAUUGGAGCGGCCUUCCUCACACAGACGGUCUGUUUGGACGACACAACAGUCAAAUUUGAGAUCUGGGACACAGCUGGACAGGAGCGGUAUCACAGCCUGGCCCCCAUGUACUAUCGGGGGGCCCAGGCUGCCAUCGUGGUCUAUGACAUCACCAACACAGACACGUUUGCACGGGCCAAGAACUGGGUGAAGGAGCUACAGAGGCAGGCCAGCCCCAACAUCGUCAUUGCGCUCGCGGGGAACAAGGCGGACCUGGCCAGCAAGAGAGCCGUGGAAUUCCAGGAAGCACAAGCCUAUGCAGACGACAACAGUUUGCUGUUCAUGGAGACAUCAGCAAAGACUGCAAUGAACGUGAAUGAAAUUUUCAUGGCAAUAGCUAAGAAGCUUCCCAAGAAUGAGCCCCAGAAUGCAGCGGGUGCUCCGAGCCGGAACCGAGGUGUGGACCUGCAGGAGAACAACCCAGCCAGCCGGAGCCAGUGUUGCAGCAACUGAGCCCCCCUUGCCUGCCCACUGCCCCCACCUCCUCCGCCUGACCGACCCGACUGGAAUCCACUCUAACCAAUCGCACUUAACGACUCGGGCUACCACUGCGGGGGUUGGGGGCAGGGGGAGGGGUCUGCCAUGAUUUCUCCAUAGAAUUUUGAUCAUAGGCCGGAGUGAGUUAUUCCACCUGCACCUUUCUGUACAAAUACUAAUUCAAUUUUAAGUCUUAAGUCACUUUUUUAAUAUAUAUGAUCUGCUCUUCCCACUUCCAGUCCUUUCUACUGCUCUCCCACUCUUCCUUUGCUGGUAGUAGCCAUGUGCCCCUGUUUCCCACCCCCCUUGUAUGUGUGGAGGCGGGGGUUUGGAGCAGGUACCCUUCUUUCCAUCUUGCUGGUGAGCAGACUCAGCAAGAGCAUCCAUGUCCUUACCAUGUUUGGAAUGGGCCUGGUUCUGGGUGGUGGGGCAGGCCCUAGAGGCGGGGGAAGGGAGAAGCAGCUCUUCUCUCAGAUGGCGGUCAUUAGGCCACCGCCCCCACUCACCCCCGGACUCACAGCUGGGAGAGAAACCACAGCAUUACCACAGCAUUAUUGUGACAGUCACCAACUCCUUGUCCACAACCUGCCCCUUCUCCCCGUGUCACCCUGACCUCUGGCUCUGAGCCCUGUUCUGACCAAAUCACGAUGAUGAGUAUUUGGGGGUGGGUGGGUAAGGGGGGGAAGUGGGAGGGGAUGGAACCAACUUUUUCUGUAUUUUGUAUUGUAUGUUUUCUUCAACAUGUAACCAAUCAGUAUCUUGUCAAUAUAGUCAGCCGAUCAAUCGA